CGUUGAGCUUGACUUCAAAGACGCCUCAGCUGCAGUGUGCAGAAUAUUCCCCAAUAAUUGGACAACAUCUGGACAAGAAGCUAUUGUUGCUGAAUCCUGUCUGUAGUCAACAACUAUCGAAUCCUGCUCCAAGCGCCAGUAAGGAAAGCCCCAGGUGGUGACAUGUUUGCAUGGGCAGUCUCAGAUGCAGCACUGCUUCAUGCUACACUUAUACUCACCGCAAAACACUGGAUCUCUCUCGGAGGCUCCAGAAGAUUUAUCGAGUCCACGCUCUACCAGCACAAAUCAGAGGCCAUUCGUCUUGUGAAUGAGAGGCUGGCGGAUCCUCUAGCUGCCGUAACUGAUGGUACAGUUAGUGCAGUCGGCAUCCUUGUCAUUUUGGAGUGCUUGGAAGGCUCGAAUGAAGCUGCACUUGUUCAUCUUGGCGGCUUGGAGAAGAUGGUACAUAUGAGAGGGGAUCUUCAUACGCCCCAUAUGAAUGGCCUGGCGCAAAGGAUUAUCCUCUUAGCCGACAUACACACUGCGAAUGCAAACAACGUCAAGCCCCGUUUCCAGAGAAUCCAGGAAUCUCCCGAAGACAAGGAGUCAAAUGAAAAUGGCACUCCACCACCAUCUGGCGCGAUGGUUCAACCGGAUCCUGUCAUUGGCUCUUUCUACAGAGAGCUCGGCCUGGAUGCUCCCCUGAUCAAAAUGUUCACAGACCUGCACUGGUUGUCUUCCAUGAUGUCGAAUAGUGCCCGUAGGAGAGGUGCAGUGAACGCAAAUGUGCUGAAUCGUGGCAUCACCGAAGCCGAGAAGUAUAUCGAUACGAUGCUGCGCGGCGGUAGGCUUGAUAAUCAUCAGACCACCAAGGGUAUAGUGGCUGGUAAGGCUUUUGUUGUUCUCUCGGGUUAUAUUUACCUAUACCUCCUUCUGAGAAGGAUUGAAGUUAGCAGUCGGAUCUAUGACUGGAUGGUGGAUUUGCUGAAGGAGGACUUGAAAAACAUUCAGCAUGUGAUGAGAAAGGCAUACCCACCAGAACUUCUCUUCUGGAUUUUGUUUCUUGGUGCAAGUGCGAGUAUCGGGCGUCGAGAAUUGGAAUGGUUCAAGAAAGAGCUUUUGGUGGGUAAAGAGUCGCUUGGACUGAGUGCUUGGUCAUCUGCAAAAGCCAUCUUGAUGAAAUUUAGCUGGGUGGAAGGCUGGAACGAGGAGGCGAGCGAGAGGUUUUGGAAUGAGCUGAAUUGAAGUUCUUGCAAUGAGAAGGUUAUUAUGAAAAAGUUGGAAAAGAUGAUUGUUAUUGACUCCUGGAGGGAACGCAUCCUAUGCAUGCCUGGUCAAUCUGAAAUGAGGAACGAGCGGUAUCAAGACUUUUGGAAGAAGCGUUCGGUUUGAACAACGCACAAAGUACUACUUUUAGGUGUCUGACCCGCCAGAUGAUGAGCUAUAAUCACGCUAAUAUUUUCUUGGGUAGUAAAUGAUUACGUCCUCUCAUUAUGUUUGUGUCCCUGU